AUGAGAAGGAGCAACGGAAGGCAGGCAGCAGCAGUGGGGGCAGAGCAAGGGACUAGCACACGUGGAGCGGAGCGGAAGCAGAGCUGCUCAGCACAGCCGUGCUAUCAAGUGCUCUCGCUCCACUUCCCAUUCUCAUUCCCUUCCCACUCACAUUCCCUUCCCACUCACAUUCACUCUCAUUCCCUUCCCACUCUCAUUCCCUUCCCACUCUCAUUCCCUUCCCACUCUCAUUCCCUUCCCACUCUCAUUCCCUUCCCACUCUCAUUCCCUUCCCACUCUCAUUCCCUUCCCACUCUCACUCCCUUCCCACUCUCAUUCCCUUCCCACUCUCAUUCCCUUCCCACUCUCAUUCCCUUCCCACUCUCACUCCCUUCCCACUCUCAUUCCCUUCCCACUCUCACUCCCUUCCCACUCUCAUUCCCUUCCCACUCUCAUUCCCUUCCCACUCUCACUCCCUUCCCACUCUCAUUCCCUUCCCACUCUCACUCCCUUCCCACUCUCAUUCCCUUCCCACUCUCAUUCCCUUCCCACUCUCAUUCCCUUCCCACUCUCACUCCCUUCCCACUCUCAUUCCCUUCCCACUCUCACUCCCUUCCCACUCUCAUUCCCUUCCCACUCUCAUUCCCUUCCCACUCUCAUUCCCUUCCCACUCUCAUUCCCUUCCCACUCACAUUCCCUUUCCUGUCCCCUUUCACUUCUCAGCAGGCGCAUCGUCGUCGUCAAAGUCAGCCGACAGGACGUCCUCGUCUGAUGCGCGCACGGGGCAGCCGUGCCGGUGGUGGGGGGAGGGGGCGGAAGGAAAAUGAGGGCAAGGGGCGAAUGAGGAGGGAGGGAGGGGCACCGGAGUGGGUGGGACGGGAGGAUGGAAGGGAAGGGGAACGGCAUGAGAACUGA